AUGAAGCGACGAGGCUCAAAACCACCCAUCACGGUAAUCGUAUCUGCCGCAUGCGUUACUAUUGUUCUUCUUCUGGUAGUGGAUGUCGCCGUGACCACUCUUUACUAUCCCUUUGCACACACCAUGGACACCUCUACAUUGCACAAGAAGAACAACGACGCUCCCCUGACACACGAGACACCACUCCCUUGGGCAGUCCGCUUCAUUCCACAGUCCACCGUUCACACAUGGGAGAAGCGUGACUUCCUUAUUGCGUUUGGUAUUCCAUCGAUAGACAUCAGUGAGAGACGUACGCGCCGAAAUCUGCAGCGAUCAUCGUGCUGGCAGUUCCAGGGUGUGGCGACGAAAGCAAAUAAUUUCACUGGUGCAAUGGUAGUACUGUAUGUGCUUGCGCGGCACCCGUCCAAUAACUACACCUACUCUGCGGCACUGCUGGAAGAGGCGGAGCAGUGGCACGAUAUGGUUGCGUUGCCAAUGAAUGAUGGCCUCCCCUCAGAGAAGAAGAAGAUUGGUGAUGAUGGGAAGUGGGGCUUGAAAGCUGAAAUCGGAAUGAGCCGCAAGACGUUCCUUUGGUUUGAACUGGCUCUUCGGUUAUUUCCACGGGCGAGGUACGUUGCGAAGGGUGAUGACGACAUGUUCCUUCGUGUGCCGCAGUACCUCGCAGACCUACGUUCCCUGCCUCGCCGAGGGCUUUAUUGGGGAACUGUGGAAAGGUACUACAAGCCAGUCAUUUUCUCUUAUGCGUAUGGUUCAUGCUAUACACUGGCAAGGGAUGUGGCUGCUCAGCUUGUUUCGUUUGAACCUCUGCAACGAUUGGUGUGCCUGCCGUACAAUGAAGAGCACGACGAGGAGUUUAUGUCACUGAUGAUGCAUGCUGAAGAUGCUAUGGUCGGCUUGUCUCUUUUUAUGUCAGGGUAUAACAGCAGCCUUACCUUUGCGACAGAAGACCGGUGCUCUUUCCACGACGUUCAUGAAGGAGCAGUGGUAGAGCCUGUGCGGUCAAGCUCUGUUAUGAUACACCACGUGAACGAAAAUGACUACAAGAAGUUGAUGAAACGAUUCAAGUAUGAUAGCGGUGCUUCUCCGCGGAAUUGGACGCGUCGUAAUAGUCAUGAAAUCAACUUUCACUGUUGGAAUGAUUGA